GGGGGGCUCAGAUCGAUGCGGGAGGAGGAGACACCGCAGAGCCUCAGCUCCUCUUCCUCCUCCUCCUCUUCCUCAGCUCGGCUCAGAGCGGAGAGGAGCCGCGCGGAGCAGGACGCCGAGCCGCGGGCUUUUAUUCUGAAAAACUCGCCCCGAGCAGCUGAGGAAAACAUGCUGCUGCUACUUCUGGGCGUCGUCAUGGCAACGGCAGGGUCAGGGGUCAGCGCGGCGCGAGUGGUGAGCGGUCAGACGGUGUGUGUGGGCGGGGCCGAGCGUCCCUGCUACAAGAUGGCGUAUUUCCACGACGUGUCGAGCCGCGUGGCCUUCAGCCAGGCGAAGCAGGCCUGCCUGAUGGACGGGGGGGCGCUGCUGAGCGUGGAGAGCCAAUCAGAGCAGAGCGAUGUGGAGCACCUGCUGCAGGCGCUGCGUUCAGGAGCAGUGGGCGGAGCCAAAGGUGGAGGUGGGAUUUCUGAUGGGGAUUUCUGGAUCGGCCUCACUCGGGGGGGCGGAGCCAACCACACCUUGACCCCGUGCCCUGACCUGUACCAGUGGACCGACGGCAGCGUGGCCACCUUCAGGAACUGGUACCUGGACGAACCGUCGUGCGGCGGCGAGGCCUGCGUUGUCAUGUACCACCAGCCCAGCGCGCCCGCAGGACUGGGCGGGGCUUAUCUCCACCAAUGGAAUGACGACCGCUGCAACAUGAAGCACAACUUCAUCUGCAAGUAUCAGCCAGCUGUGACUGCAGGUGGAGGCGUGGUGACCCAGGCGGACGGCGGUGGCAGCUUCCCCCCUCAGGUGGCUGCAGCAGGAUCUUCAGGAAUGCUGCUGCUGUAUGUGGUGAUCCCCACCAUCCCGCUGCUGCUGCUCAUGCUGGUGGCUUCAGGGACCUGCUGCUGCCAGGCACUCAGCAGGAGGUAGGACUACAUCUCCCAGCAUGCCUCUGGCUGUCAGAAUUCCUCCAGAACCACUCAAGUCCAAAGGGGCCACCUUUAGAUGCAUUCCUCCUCCAACACACCUGGAGGACAGCUGGAGUUCAGACCCAACCAAUCACUGAUCAAUCUGAUCAAUCAGUCUCUGGGAACGAUCCGGUGAUCCUCAGGGGAUCGUCAGCUAUUAGCAGCUCCGCAAGAUAAGAUGGUACCAGACCACUGAGUAAAACCAGUAAAAGAAUCUGAAAUAUGCUGGGAGCCAAACGGGUUAGCCUGGUCCGGGUUAGCUUGGUCCAUGUUAGCCUGGUCCGGGUUAGCUUGGUCCAUGUUAGCCUGGUCCA